AUGCGAGUCAAGGUGAAUGAAGCCUACUUCGCUCCUGUGCUCACGAAUAGCGAUGUUCCGCAAGGAUCGGUACUUGGUCUAGAACUGUUCAAGAUAUUCAUCAAUGACCUCCUAUCGGAGCUUCAGAUGGAUUGCCUGAUUUACGCCGAUGAUAUGAAGCUGUGGAUGGAGGUAUCCUGUCUCGUGGAUGCUGACAGAUUGCAAGCACCAUUGGAUAUGCUAUACGACUGGUCAGUCAACUGA